AUGGCGGCGAGGAAAGCAGGCACCGCCAGACCUCUUUUACAACGUGAGGGUGAGGCAAGAAACUUCGACUCAUAUAAGCUUUACGCAGGCGCCUCAUUUGCUGUGGGAGUUGUCAUCAUUCUCUGCCUUAUGAAGGUCCCUCGCGCGGAAAAUAGUAAAGAUACGGUGAGUACAAACACUGGGAGUCUUUCAGUGGGCUGCCAACAGAAUUGCUCGGCCCCUUUUGGUAAUGUGUUGGGAAUUUACAACGGAGUUCCAGCUAUGAGCAAUUGCAACAGUGAUAGUUGCACAGCAGAACUUUGGAACACUGUCAAGGUGGAAGACAUACGGAUACCGGCUGGUCGUGUGGACCCUCAUGCGGUUCCACCCAUAUAUGGUAUGCAAUGGCAAUGCGUGGAAUAUGCCCGACGGUAUUGGAUGCUUCGAGGUACACCACAACCAGCCACUUUUGGUUCUGUAGAUGGAGCAGCUGACAUUUGGGAUCUUAAAGAUGUUCAACUGCUCAAUGGUCAAAAGCGGAAACCAUUACUCAAAUAUCAUAACGGAAAUGCAACAUCUGCAAACUCUAAGCCGCGUGUGGGGGAUUUGUUGAUUUACCCACGGCAACCCAAUGGUUUUCCAUACGGUCAUGUUGCCGUUGUUGCGGGUGUGACAGGGGAUCGUAUGUUUGUAGCGGAACAGAACUGGGAAAACACAGCAUGGCCAGGCCCGUAUCAUAAUUACUCGCGUGUGCUUAACUUGUCAUGUAAUCCCAAUGGCACGGCAUGUACCGUACGUGAAAAGGAUAAUGUCACAGUGCAGGGGUGGGUGCGGUAUGAAUAA